AUGAACGAUGACAUUCCUGUCCACAAGACUGUCAAGCUUGCUUGUGGGCACCGCAUGUGCUAUUCCUGCCUGAAGCGACAAUUCACCCUCUCUGUCAAGGAUCCCCAGCACAUGCCGCCACGAUGCUGCACAUCAGAGCACAUUCCCUUGAAGUACGCCGACCGACUAUUUGACGACAAGUUCAAGGUACUGUGGAACAAAAAGUUCCAAGAGUACACCACCAGCAACCGCCUGUACUGCCCCACAAAGGGAUGUGGCCAAUGGAUCAAGCCAUCCAAGGUCAAGAUGGAUCCAACAUACGGUCGCAAGUAUGCACGAUGCAGUUCAUGCAACACCAAGGUCUGCAUACUAUGCAACAGCAAAUUCCACACCAAGCGCGAAUGCCCCAAGGACGAAGAGACUAAUCGUCUGGUUGAGAUGGCCAAGGAGCAGGGCUGGCAACGAUGCUACAGCUGCAAGGCUGUAGUAGAGCUCAAGGAAGGUUGCAAUCACAUGACCUGUCGCUGCACUGCUCAAUUCUGCAUGGUCUGUGCUGCUCCAUGGAAGACCUGCAACUGCCCUUGGUUCAACUACCAACACAUCCCGGACGACGAUCGCCUGAAUGAUAUGCGCGUGCCAUACGCAAACCCCCGUUACCCUGACGUUGAGGUUAUUGAAAUCGCCGAAGCCACCCCACCACUAGCACGCCGCCCAAGCAUCCGUCCCCGUGAGCGCCCCGAACGAGAACGCGACUACGACCGUGCAGAACGAGUUCUAUCCGGACAGCUUCGCAACUCGCUUCAUCUCCCUACCCCGACCGUAUCAUCGGCACGACGCACGGAACCCGAGGUUCAGGUUUAUGGUGUUGGUAACGCUGGCGGCCACCACAUGAACGAUUCCUACGCCAUUCGCUCCGUGCCCAACUCUGCUGUCCGCACCGCUGCUCGCCUAUCUACUCCCCGCCAAUCGACCCCUAGAAGUUCGAUUUUCUCUAGCACCCGCCGCGUCUCGGCACCUACCCCCUCACGCUCUGCUCCCCCCGCCGUUGUCACUUCUUCAGUAAUGGCUGGACUCUCAAAAGAUGGAAAGAAAGUCGGUGCAAACCGCGUAGGAACAUGGCUCAGCCAUGUCCAGAUCGACCCCGAGGCAACCGUCACCGCCGCGGAAAAUGUCGAGGUCGAUGACUGGAGGUGCGAUGGCACCAUGAUUGGUAUUGAUUAA